UCAUGAUUCGCAACAAUAGUUUUGGCUAAUAAUUUGUAUUUGAAUAGUUAUGGUCAUAAUUUUCCGUUCCUUAGUAGUUGUGGCUAAUAUAUUGUAUUUGAAAAAAAAAAAUUUACUCUUUCCUAGAAGCAGUUAAAGAGCUGAAUUCAAAGAUGGCAGAGAAGAGGACACUUCUUUGUUGUGGCGUGCGAGUAACUCGCACUCGCAGAAAGAUGAACCGUUGCAAUACCAUCUUUACUCUUCGGUCUUUGCCUCUUUGGCAUUUGCCCAAAAAACAUAAUCAUCGAAUUCCAUUUUUAUAACAUUAGAGAACUUCUCCUCUAGUCAGGCUCAGCAACUCUCUCGGUUUCAUCUCCUUGCAGCAACUCACCAACCAAAACCCCCAAUGGCGGCCGCUACUAAAACCUUCUUCAAACCUCCUCUUUCUUCCGUCGCCAAAUCCAUAACUCCUUCAAUCCUCAACUCCACGAAACUCAAUUACACACCACAUUCCUCGGCCAAGCGCCUGCCUUCACUUACCAUCAGAGCUUCCGCUACCGCAGUUACCUCCCCCUCCGACGGCGCAUCGCAGCCCAAGUCCCCCGAACAGUUCAGGGUCGAGAUCCUCUCCGAAUCCCUCCCCUACAUCCAGCGAUUCAGGGGCAAAACAAUCGUCGUCAAGUACGGCGGCGCCGCCAUGAAAGACCCGAAGCUGCAGGCUUCCGUCGUCAGCGAUCUCGUCCUCCUCUCCUGCGUCGGCCUCCGCCCCGUCCUCGUCCACGGCGGCGGGCCCGAGAUCAACCGCUGGCUCAAGCAGCUCAACAUCGAGCCCCUCUUCCAUGAUGGGCUCCGCGUCACCGACGCUGAGACGAUGGAGAUUGUCUCCAUGGUUCUGGUCGGGAAGGUCAACAAGGAUCUGGUCAACCUCAUGAACAAAGCCGGCGGCACCGCCGUCGGACUCUCUGGCAUGGACGGGCGGCUCCUCAUGGCACGGCCCAACCCUAACUCGGCCCAAUUGGGCUUCGUGGGCGACGUGGACCGGGUCGACCCGACAAUGCUCCUCCCGCUCAUCACCAACGGUCAUAUCCCGGUGAUCGCCUCGGUGGCGGCGGACGAGGCAGGGCAGUCGUACAACAUCAAUGCCGACACAGUGGCGGGUGAGCUGGCGGCCGCACUUGGGGCUGAGAAGCUGAUCCUGCUCACCGACGUUGCGGGAAUACUGGAGGACCGCGAUGAUCCGAACAGCUUGGUGAAGGAGACGGACAUUGCAGGGGUGAAGAAGCUGAUUGCGGAGAAGAAGGUCGCCGGAGGGAUGAUCCCCAAGGUGAAUUGCUGCGUCAGGGCGAUAGAACAGGGAGUGAGCACGGCGAGCAUCAUCGACGGCAGAGUUCAGCACUCGCUCCUCCACGAGAUCAUGUCGGAAGAUGGGCUUGGAACCAUGAUCACUGCCUAAUCCGAAUACACAUUGUGCUAAACUGUAGUCUGGAAACCAAAUGCAUUCGUAAAAGAGCUGAUAUUUUUCAAAGAGAAUAAGUAAUGAGAAUGCUG